GGCACUACCGCGCUGAUUUUCCGAUCACACGUCACCCGAAACGUUCUCUAAAGCAGAAGAACUUUGACCGUUGGAUCGAAAAUCCCGGCCACGCCGACUUUAGGACAAGGAAUUAGUUAUCUCAAAGAAAAUCGGACUUCUGAGUGAUUUCAACAUGUCCGACAGCGCCUCGUUGAGCAGUGCCUCGUGCAACAGUUCGCCGGAAGCACACGUGACGGAGGAGAGAACUUUCACCGCCGAAGAAAUGCACUUCGAGGGAUUCGAUUUCGUUGCGACCCAAAAUGUCAGAGAUGUCAGGGAAUCGCAAGAAGCACGCAGGCUUUCUCCAAAGCGUGAGCUCAGUAAUGAUUUCGCAGCAGUGAGAUGUGAUCUCGAACAUCGCAGGCUGCGGUUCUAUUGGUUAGCCAAAGAUCUCCACACAAUCAAGGAGAUCGAACAACCGAAUAGAGAAAAUUAUGAUGCCCGAGACGGUAUUUACCCGAAGCGUGCGCGAUACUGUCAUGCCGGGUCGUGGCUUCCGAGCAGACGGGAGGACAGUGCCAUCGAUUCGGUGUAAAACAUGCCAGAAGAAGAGACUUGUGUGGAUGGCGUCGGAACUAUUGAGUGAAAAUCAGUUUAGGUUAUCGAAUUAUUCCUAGAUUUUUUAAUUAGAAAAUAGGAGAAAUAAAGUUCUUAGAAAUUCAAGGAUGUUGCGACGGUGACCUGGCGGAGCUCCCUUCACCUUCGAUCGAAGCAUUGCUGCGGAGAUUCGCUUUGGAGUUGUUCGGUUCCGAUCAAUUCUUGAUCGUCCGAUUGCAACACAGAUUAGACCUACAAUAUGUAUGUAGUAGUUACAAUUAAUAGACACGACUGUAUAGAGUCAUUCGUCUUGAAACGAGUAGAUCAAAAUUUGGGGAAGAAAAGAAGUAGAUCGAAAUAAAGUUUGUGUAA